AUGAAAAGAAAAACAACACACCACUAUGUUGACAGAGAUUACCGCCCAUCAGCAGCUGCAAAGAAGAUUAAACUCAGAGACGAAGAGCGGCCCAAGAGAACCAGUGCCAUUAUAGCCAAUAACAUUAUUUCCAAACAGGCCUUCAUUCCACGAUUAAAGGGAGAUGAUUUACCAGAGAUUGAUCUAUCGUAUGUUGAAAUGGUUUCAAAGAUUGGAUUUGCACCACCAUCACCACCCUCACCACCACCAGUUGAAUAUGAAAAUGAAGAGGAGGAGGAGGAACAAGAAGUAGAAGAAUUGAAUGAUUGUAAACCACCAUCAAUUGUGGAAACGAAAUUAAUGAAUAAUAACAAUCAAAAAACACAAAAUAUUAUCGCCUUCAUCAAGAAUGCAAAAAUUAAACAAGAACAAUUGCAAACAGUGAAGAAAUUGGAAGAAAUUCAAGAAAUUAACGAGAAACAAGAGGAAGAAUUGAUGAAAAUUAAUGAAGAAAUGAAAGAAUUGAAUGAAAAGGAUUUAUUCAUCAUUCAACUCUUUCAAAAUAUUGAAAGGGAAUACGAGGAAAAGAUUAAAAUAUUAACAGAGAAAUGUUUCUUAUUGGAAUGUAAAUGUAAUCAAUUGAUGAUGGUAAAUGAAAGAGAGGAAAAAGUUGAUGAGGAGUGUGAAAAAAUUGUAGAACUGGAUCCAAUUUAUGAAUUUGGAGGAUUGUCUCCUCCAUCACCUCCUAUUUUGGAAACUCCAAUUAUUAUUGAACUGACACCACCUUCUCCUCCAUCACCUCAACAAAUUAGAAAUAGUCUACAGGAGAGGGAAGAGGAAGGAAUUUCUAAUGAAUCAGAUCAGAUGACUCCACUCUCUCAGGAAACACAAUAUCAGGAAGAAAAUGAAGACGAUUCAACAUCUGAUACUACUACUCAAACACCUCAAAAGAGAAGAGCUGGAAUGAUAUUGGAAGAUCCAAUGGAAAUGCACAUUAAUUCAUCACCAUCUCUGAGUGAUACUUCGAGUGAGGUUGAUUUUGCUUGGUUAUUUGAACAACAAUUGAUGCCACCACCGUCAUCUCCAUUCAGUAGCUCACCGACAUUGAGUACUUCGAGUGCUAAUGAUCUGGCAUCUGAUUCCAUUAGUAAUGGAAGCACAAGCAGCGGUCCAAGAAGAAGCUCAAGAAGAGGAGAAAAGAGACAGAAAAUUGAAUCAGUUUUGAAUCGUUUGAGAACAGAAAUGAAAGUCUCUGUAUUACUGCCUAAUUUAAUAUUGAAUGAAUAUGUUAAUAGUGAAAUUGCAAAGAGUGAAUCUCUUGAACAGAGUACACCUCAAAGGAAUAGUGCAAAGAGAUCUUCUCUAUUAUCAUCAGAGCAUGUUUACACAGAUAGAAAGCUGAAACUGAAAGACAAGUCAUAUGUGAGGACUAAUUAUUCAUAUAGAGGCCUUGAACUACCUGAAAAUUUAAUAUUCUUUUGUAAAUAG